AUGUGCCAGUUAACCGAAUUUCUCGAAAAGUGUUUUGUACAAGGAUGGGAGCGAGCUAGAGGAGGUCAAACAGUGACUCAGCAACGAAGUAUGGAAUGCAUUACCAGCAAACUCAGCGGAUCUGAUAGAUCACGUUUCAAUAAGAAUGCUAAGCAACUUGGUGUCAAAGUGAGAUGGCCCAUGAGGUUAGAGUGCGAAUUUACUGACCGGAAGGUCCAUGUUUCGAACCCGAUCUCUGUCUCUCGACUUCCCUUGUCUAGGUUUGGGCAAUCUGGUAGUAUUCCAGCCCUCAUGCGUCCUUCUGCCUUAAACUCUCCUCUCUUUAUUGGUUCUGUGUUUGACAAUGUCCGCACGAAAAAAACAGAUAGGCGGCGGUUCCCGUAUACACUGAAAAAACCUUUGUCCAGACUGAACAAAGUAAUUUCACACAAAGGUGAGACUCACCUGAAAGUACUCGCUUUCAUAAAGCAACAUCCAGCGACGAUUAAAGCUACAGGUUGCCCGUUGCUGAAAAUGCAUCGACAGCCCACGACCGUUUUCGCCCUUCUUGAGCCCCAAGGAAGGCGAAACCGGUCGUGGGCUGUCGAUGGAUUUUCAGCAACCUUAUGA